AUGCAGCAAGUCCAAAGAGAUCUCGAAAAUGUCAAAGAUGAAAUGGCUUCUCUCAAGGAAUUAUCAUCAAUUGCCACGACUCCCACAUUGAUUGAAUUGUUAGAUGAAAAACAGUCGUACCCAGAAUCAAGUCGGAUCUACUCGACACCUGCUGAAACGAAGUCUGUGUUUGACAGUGUCAAGAAAGAGAAUGGUGAAACCGGUUCUGAUGACGAUGACGAUAUCGAUCUCCUUCGAAAGAGAGUUGAUAUUUGGAACACUACAUUGAAUGGUCGAACGUUUCCUGACUCGGUCGCAAAAUGGUACAGUUGGUUGCUUCGUUAUAAAGACCAAUUCAAGCUUUGGCUCAAAAUUGAUUAUAAGGAAGCCGCCUGGUCUAUUUUGAAAAAAGUGCCUACAGCAUACGUCCCAGAGUACUCAAAACCGGACAAUCGUCGCAAGUGUUUGGAAGAUUUGCUUGCCAUCUUAAAACUCUCGAGCACAAGCAACGUCUCCAACGCAUUCCGCGCUUGA